AUGCGCGCUACAUCCUUCAUUCUCGGGCUGGUGCUUGCGGCCCAACUCGUCUGUGGUCUCCCUACUGCAGUAGAGGGUGUGGAUAAAAGAUUCAACGGAGGCAACGCAGACCUAGCAGCAAUGGUCGCACAUGGCAGCUCCUCGCUAUCUUCACGCGAGCCUACCGAAGCUUAG